CGGGGGGCUGCGGAGGUCGGGGCUUGCCGCUGGGCCGCUGCCGUCGAGAGGGGGACCCCGCUGCCGGCUGAUGUCCCAGCCGCGCCGCCGCCCGCGCUUGGAUGUACCUGGGAAGGCUUCGGGAUCGUUGUCUGGGUCUCAGGGCACAGCCUGCCAGAGGCACUGGAAGUGGAUUGGCUCCUGGUCAUGCCCGGUGGACGGAGGGGACCCAGCCGGCAGCAGCUAAGCCGUUCAGCUUUGCCUUCUCUCCAGACGCUGGUUGGUGGGAGCUGUGGAAACGGUACCAGUUUAAGAAACAGGAAUGGUAGUGCCAUCAGCCUCUCUGCGCCUCCGAUCACAGCGCUGAUUACUCCAGAGCCUGUACGUCACUGCCGGAUCCCUGAACUGCCUUUGGAUGGGAGCCUUCUCUUUGAAUUCCUGUUCUUUAUCUACCUAUUGGUAGCCCUCUUCAUUCAGUACAUCAACAUCUACAAGACUGUCUGGUGGUAUCCGUACAAUCACCCUGCUUCCUGCACCUCACUGAAUUUUCACCUCAUUGACUACCACCUGGCGGCGUUCAUCACAGUGAUGCUGGCGCGGAGGCUGGUGUGGGCCCUCAUCUCUGAGGCCUCUCAGGUGGGUGCAACAUCAGUGGUUCACUACAUGGUGCGUCUGGUGCUGCUCACCCUCUGUGGAUGGGUGCUCUGCUGGACUUUGGUCAACCUCUUCCGCAGCCAUUCUGUUCUCAACCUUCUCUUCCUGGGCUACCCGUUUGGUGUCUACGUUCCUCUGUGCUGCUUCCACCAGGACAGCAGAGCACAGCCCCUACCUGCAGACUGUGGUUACUUGGUACAGGACCAGAUGGUGGAUGAUGGGGCUUCAGCUGUCAGCAGCCUGGUCAAACCCAAAGAUUUCCUCUCUCUUCUGUGGGAAUCCCUGAGAGAACAGUUCAAUAAUCCUACGUCUAUCCCCACGCACAGCUGCCCCCUCUCCCCAGAUCUCAUCCGCAAUGAAGUGGAGUGCCUAAAAGCAGAUUUCAACCGCAGGAUCAAGGAAGUUCUCUUCAACUCUCUCUUCAGUGCCUACUAUGUGGCAUUCCUGCCACUGUGCUUUGUGAAGAGCACCCAGUACUACGACAUGCGCUGGUCCUGUGAGCACCUCAUCAUGGUAUGGAUCAAUGCCUUUGUCAUGCUCACCACCCAGCUGCUGCCUCCCAAGUACUGUGACCUGCUCCACAGAUCAGCUGCCCACCUCGGCAAGUGGCAGAAACUAGAACAUGGGUCCUACAGCAAUGCUCCACAGCAUAUCUGGUCAGAAAACACAAUAUGGCCACAAGGAGUUCUGGUGCGACGUAGCCGAUGCCUGUAUAAAGCAGUUGGGCCUUACAACGUAGCAGUGCCUUCAGAUGUGUCCCAUGCCCGCUUUUAUUUCCUUUUUCACCGUCCAUUACGGCUGCUCAACCUGCUGAUUCUCAUUGAAGGCAGCGUGGUCUGCUACCAGCUCUACUCACUGCUGCGCUCAGAGAAGUGGAACCAUACCCUCUCCAUGGCCCUCAUCCUUUUCUGCAAUUAUUAUGUCUUAUUUAAGCUCCUCCGGGACCGGAUAGUAUUAGGCAAGGCAUACUCCUACCCACUUAACAACUAUGGACUCAAGGCACACUAGGCCGGCCAAAUGUGUACCCAUUUUCUUUCCCUUCCCACAGGGCAGGGAGGGAACCUCAGAAAAAAAAACAAACAUAUUUUCGUACAGUUCUAUUUUUUUUCUUGCGGCGUUUAUAAAUAUUUAAAAUAUUUUAUAUUUUGUAUACUAUUAUUUCUGUGGGGCGGGAAGGGAACCAGUGGCAAUUAAAUGUCGCUUUAUAAACAAGGUGUUAUUUUAUAUAUAUAAAGAUCAAUGUGUAUAUACCGUAUAUCUAUACCCAUACAUAUAUCUAUGUGAAGCAA